AUGAAAUUGAACAAGACAAUUUUUAGUCUAGUUUUUCUGAAUGGGUUAAAAGAGGGGUUCUUUAUCAUUUUAGCGCCAUUUUUGCCUGAAUAAUUCCAAAAAAAAGAAGUUCCAGACCUUGCUUAUACUCCUUUAUUCAUGAAAACUGUAAACUAGACUAGGUCGCCGAAUCAUGGUGAGACUAGCUCUCUUCAUGAAUACAUUCUCUGCUUUUCCUUUGUUUUUGAUUGUUGGCUUUAUUGGAAGGUUUAUUCAGGGUAUGGCUACAGGGCUUCUGCAAACAGCUGGUAAUAUUAUUACUCUAAUAACUAUCACCCUCUAGCUUAUGCAGAAUUAUUGAUCUAAUUCCCAGAAAUGCAAGAAGAGCUUGUCUCCUAUAUGGAAUUCGGUGUUGGAAGUAUUGUCGGACUUUUAAUAUCUUCAUUUCUGUCUUAUUCAAUUGGGUAUAUUGGCCCUUUCUCAUUUACCGGAGCUUUGUUUUUAUUCUUUGGAAUUUUCUAAAACAAACUCAUCAACUUCGUUUCAAAGGAAACAUAAGAUAAAGUAAUUUAAGAAAACCCCCAUUCAAAGCUUAGCUUUACUUCUCAAUCAGCAAGAAUCACUCCAAACAUUCAUGGUGCAGUUGCCAUAAAUAAGAAGCGAAAACAGGCUUAAUCAUUUACAAAAUGCCAUAUGAGUAUUGAUAGUAUGAAUGUUAGCAAAAAUGAUAGAAAUUUUUCUCAUCAUAACAUUGGAUAAACCUCCACUGGUUAUUUUGAUAAGUCCAUAAUUCCUACAUACGAAGCAAAUGCAAAUGUCAUUAUGGUAACUAGUGCUGAGGAAUUCUAGAAGAAAAUUGUUGAAUCUGGAAGUCUGAACAUGGACCCUAGAAUAACUGAUAAAGAUGAUGAGAUUCGUUAGACAUCAGUUUAAUUCUAAGCUGAAGAAAAAACAAAAUAUGACGAGCUUAAUUACUUACACAUAUUCUUUACUCCAAGAGGAUUCUUUGCAACUCUUGAUGUGCUAUUAUGUUGUUAGAUGUAUAACUUUUGUGAUACAACCAUGCCUGAUUAUCUUUAAGAGAUCUAUGACUAUGACCCUUACAUAAUUAGCUUGAUUUAUAUCUCUUAGAAUGCUGCUUUUGUUUUAACAUGCUUUAUAGCACCAAAAGUUGCCCGCAGAAUGAGUUUAGUGCUCUGUGUCAUAGUGGCAUAGAUGGUCUAGGCAGUAAGCUGUUAUCUUAUUGGACCUUCAAUGUUUUUCAACAUAACCCCAAAAAUUUAUAUUACAAUCAUUGGAUUUGCAAUUUCAGGGCUUGCCGCUCCGUUUACUAUUGUGCCUCCUUACAAGGAACUUGAACUCUGCCUCUCAUAUCACAAGAAUAAAAGAUUUGAUCCAGAGGCUGUGUAAGAUAUUGUUUCAGGCGUUUAUAACACAGCGUAUGCAAUGGGAGGUAUUGUGGGUCCAUUAUAUGGAUAUUAUACAACUUAUUUUACUAACUUCAGGACUACCGCUGAUAUCUAAGGGCUUAUAAUGGUUGCAAGUUUGUUGCUUUAAUUUUUCUUGUUGUAUCUCCCUUAAAGAAUUUCUUCAGCAAGACUGAAUAAGAGACUAAGAGAUUCUAGCUAUAAAAGCACUUAAAAAUAAGGUAAUAAAAUAAAAUAUAAAUCUAAAAUUUUCAGGGGAUUAAAAUGA